AUGGCUGUUGUGGUAGCAGUAGCAACAACAGAGAGUGACCCAGAGCCCAGCAUUGGUAAAGGGAAUGAACACUUUUUAAAAAGAGAUGCCAGGCAACCACUGCAGUAUCCCAGGGGCAAAAGCAGGUGCCAUCUGGCUCCCAUUACCCAGUUCUAUAUAAUAGGUCCAAGGCAGAAAGAGGAGCAUUGUAAUAGUGACUACGUGCCUGUGUGUGGUUCCAAUGGGGAUACCUAUCAGAAUGAGUGCUACUUGAGACAGGCGGCUUGCAAACAGCAGAGUGAAAUACUUGUGGUGUCAGAAGGGUCGUGUGCCACAGAUGCAGGAUCAGGAUCUGGAGAUGGAGUCAAUGAAGGAUCUGGAGAAACCAGCCAAAAGGAGACAUCCACCUGUGACAUUUGUCAAUUUGGUGCCGAAUGUGAUGAAGAUGCAGAAGAUGUCUGGUGUGUGUGUAACAUUGACUGUUCUCAAACCAACUUCAAUCCCCUUUGUGCUUCUGAUGGGAAAUCUUAUGAUAACGCAUGUCAAAUCAAAGAAGCGUCAUGCCAGAAACAAGAGAAAAUUGAAGUCAUGUCUUUGGGUCGAUGUCAAGAUAAUACCACCACCACUACUAAAUCUGAAGAUGGGCAUUAUGCAAGAACAGAUUAUGCAGAGAAUGCUAACAAAUUAGAAGAAAGUGCCAGAGGACUCUACAUUCCUUGUCCUGAACAUUACAAUGGUUUCUGCCUACAUGGGAAGUGUGAACAUUCAAUUAAUAUGCUGGAGCCAUCUUGCAGGUGUGAUGCUGGCUAUACUGGACAACACUGUGAAAAAAAGGACUACAGUGUUUUAUACGUUGUUCCUGGUCCUGUACGAUUUCAAUAUGUCUUAAUUGCAGCUGUGAUUGGAACCAUCCAGAUUGCCAUCAUUUGUGUUGUAGUCCUCUGCAUUACAAGGAAAUGUCCCAGAAGCAACAGGAUCCAUAGACAAAAGCAAAACACGGGGCACUACAGUUCAGACAACACCACAAGAGCGUCCACAAGGUUAAUUUAAAGAGCGCAUGUUUCCGCAAUGGCCAGACUACAGAGAGCUUGGACUACACAAUUCAGUAUUAUAGACAAAAGAUUAAGACAAGAGAUCUACACAUGUUGCCUUGCAUUUGUGGUAAUCGACACCAAUGAAAACAUGUACUACAGCUAUAUUUGAUUAUGUAUGGAUAUAUUUGAAAUAGUAUACAUUGUCUUGAUGUUUUUUCUGUAAUGUAA